CCUCUUCUCUUUCUCCAAAAAUCUCUUCCCCUCACUUCUCUUCUCACCUUCUUCAAUUUCUCGUUUCCCUAUUAUUAGAUACAAAUUUUGUAUCUUUAUUCUGCUAAUUUAGCCUCUGAAAAAUAAUUUUCAGGCCUAAUCUAGCAGACCCUUUUACUCAUCUUGCUUAAAUUUGUCAUCUGGGUAUCAAAAAUCCAAUCUUUCAUUCCAAGAUCAAGAAAAUAUAUUAUCUAUAAUAUUAAUAUAUAUCCACUGUAUUGAUGUUGCAGAUUUAUGUCUCCUGUCAUAAGUGAAAUCCUCCGUUCUGGGUUUAUGCUAAAUACUUACUUAAGGCACCUUGUUCAAUCUUUCUCCGUUUGUUUUCUCUACUGGUUUUAUGAUUUUUCAUAAAUAAAAAUCUCGUUCCGCAAAUUUAUUUAAAAAAAAUCUUUUUUAUUAUACCGAGUGUCCGCGCCAGUUUUAUUAUUACAGGUAUUUUAUUUGGGUAAAUUGCAUGGGUAGUUUGAGCGGGAACUCAUCCGGGUCAACCCAGAUUCAGAACUCGGGUUCUGAGGGAGAUUUACAGGUUCUGAUGGAGCAGAGGAAGAGAAAAAGAAUGCAGUCAAACCGUGAGUCAGCCAGGCGGUCCAGGAUGAGAAAGCAGCAGCAUCUUGAUGAACUGAGUGGGCAAGUGAGUCAACUCACGAGAGAGAAUGAAGAGAUUCUCACAAAGACCAAGAUCACUACACAACACUACAUGAAUCUUGAGUCUGAGAAUCUGGUCUUGAGGGCCCAGAUGGAUGAGCUGAGCCAGAGGCUUGAUUCACUUAAUGAGAUAUUGAACUACAUGAACAUGAGGAAUGUUAAUAAUAAUAAUCAUAGUGUUGAGAUGUUUGAGUCAUGUGAUAAUGUUUUUGGGACAGGUGGUUCGGAGAGUUUCAUGAGUCCUUGGUACCUUAAUCAACAACCCAUCAUGGCGGCUGCUGAUAUGUUUCAGUACUAAUCAUCAUUAGCAAGGAGGAUUAAGGAAUCAUUAGUGUGUGAUUGGUCUAUGUUUAGUGGCUUAAUAGUUGGUCAAAUCAUGUUUUAGAGUUGUGAGUAGGGACCACUUGAUUAGCCAAUAAAGAGUGGUGAUGAGGGGGGUUGUUUUGGUCAGGUUUGAGAUUGUAAUGUAAGGCUGCAGAUGCAAGUGGUCUCUUUGCUAUGUUGUUAUAUUAUGUAUGUAUGCUUGCAAGUUCCCUUUUUAUUUAUCUUGCGGUAGAUUAUUUUUAUUGAA